CCCAGAGAGACAAGAAAGCACCAAGUACAGCACCAAGUGGUUGGAGUUGCCUGCUCCCUUGUACUGAAAGUACCUACAUUUAAAGCCUACAAAUAAUGAACGAAGGCAUAUUUUUGAUGAAAACAGUUUUUGAAUAAGAUACGCUUGUAUUUUGAUACAUUUUUAACAAAUUGRGGCAAGAAUUACCCCUGCAAAUUUGUAAAUACUAAACGAGUUUGAAGAGCGCGAAACCAAAAUGGAGUUCAACGACGUCCGCUUCGAGUUUAUCUCGGACUAUGUUCUCAAGACAAUGAAGCUUAAAGCUGACAAAUGGGCUAAAUUGCAAGGAAAUGAAGAAUACCGUCAGUUAAUAAUAGACUUUUUCGAGAAACCAGAGCACAACACACUCGUAAUUUCUUUAUCUGGAGGCAGUCAGUUGGUACCGGCUUACGAGUUUCCAGAGAGCAUGAAAAACAAAGCAGUCUACUUUGUCAAGAAAGAAAAGGGAAUAAACGUUGGCAAAGACAAUUUUAAAAACUCUUUGAGCUACGGAGAUUUAUCUGCUUCGCCUCUGGACCAACUUUCAGUUUUAGUUGAAGAGAUUCUAGUUCCAUUACUGUCAAAUCCACGUAACCAUGAGCAGUGGCCAGCCGUGGUAUCCCAAGAUGUCAUGCGACAUGUUCACCAGUUAAAGAGUAAUGUUUUUGUUAUUGCUGGACAAGUUAAAGGCAAAACAUUGCUGCCUCUUCCAGUAGGUUCGGAGCAGGUCUCUGAAGCUGUUGAAGCAGAAGAAAGGGGUGAAACAUUUGAUCGCAGUCUUGUACAUUCCAUUGAAUCAGUCAUAAUUGACUGGAGUCACCAAAUUCAAACAGUUUUGAAAAGGAACUCAGCACAGUCUCUACUGGAUGGAGAAAACCCAGGUCCUUUGGUUGAACUAGAUUUCUGGCAAGCCAGGGCUUCAAACCUGGAAUGUAUCUUCCAGCAGCUCCAUGAUGGAAAAGUGAGACGAAUGGCUGAGCUAUUAGAAAAGACACAAAGUAGUUACUUCCCAGCUUUCAAGAAGAUCUUCAAAGAUGUUAUUUCUGCACUUGAGGAAGCGAGAGACAUAACCCUCCAUCUCAAGCCUUUACGCAGACAACUUGAGGACAUGGAGCAGUAUGAUUUCUCUGAGUUGUACAAGAUUCUACCAGCAAUCUUACAUGUUGUGGGUCUAUUAUGGGCAAACUCCAAAUUCUACUGUUCUCCACCAAGAAUUAUAGUCCUCCUUCAGGAGCUUUGCAACAUGAUUAUUGAUAUGGCCAGAACAUAUCUUGAUCCUGCAGAAAUUUUCAAGUCUGAAGUUGAAGAGGCUUAUGAAAAGACACAAAAAGCCAUUGAGAUUUGCAUGUUGUUCAAAAACACAUUCCAAGAAAACAGGAAGAACAUCUCCAAGUUUUUCAAAGAGGGUGCCGACAUCAAGCCUUGGGAGUUUGGCAAUGAGCUUGUUUUCACAAGACUUGAUAAGUUUGUUGAGAGAUUGCAAGUUGUAGAGGUAAAUAUAUUAUCAAAUACUCUUAAAUACAUAUAUCUCCGUAUUACAUGUGUAGCAGAUUCCCAAGGUUGCUACUUGCAUGGCCAUGAAAUUUUCUUCCCAUUUUCACUGUUCAACAAACCUGUACUCGCCCUUUAUUCAGUAGACACCAGGUAAUAUAAAGUCCCAAUGCAAAGUGUCCAUGCACUAAAUAGAGGUACUAUUGUAUCAGUGUCUGAGCUGAUAGGUAUGGUGUAUUAAUAUCCUAUUUCUUGUUUUCAGCUAUUGGACUGCCUUGGCUCACUUCUCGACCGUCCAUUGAUCCAUGUUGACUUUUCUAAAAAAUAUCCAGUGCUAUUAAGAAUGUUUGAACAUGAACUGGAUCAAUCCAAAGUGAUCUUUGACAACCAAAUGGCUGCUAAACAAGCUGACAGAACUCCACCAAUCAACAAGAACAUGCCUCCUAUUUCUGGAGCACUGAAAUGGUCCAAUGAAUUGAGAGACAGAAUUACCAAACCCAUGCAAGCUCUUAAGCUGUCUCUAAAUCAUGGGUCUCUUGAGACGGCAGAAGCGAUGAUUAUAUUCAACAAGUAUGAUGAAAUGAAUAAACUAUUGACCAGUUAUGAUGAAGAGGUUUACAAUGAGUGGACUAAAGGCGUCGAUCACAUAUGUCAGCAGAACUUGGACAAGCCUUUGAUUGUCAGAGAUCCCAAUACCAAGCUCAUCAAAGUCAACUUUGAUCCUGAUCUAACCGCGGUUCUUCGAGAAGUAAAAUACUUAGAAACUGCACAAAACGAGACCCUGGAAACGAUCCCUGACAGUGCUACUACUAUCUACUCACGGAAUGAAACAUUCCACAAGUUUUGCGCUAACCUGGACUUAACAGUAGCAUGGUAUAAUAAAGUUCGCGAGACCUUACUGGACGUGGAGUUUCCUCUUGUUGAAGGACAGCUACAGAACAUCGAUAACCAACUAGAACAGGCUGAGAAGAGCUUGAACUGGAACAGUGAUGCGGCCUGGGAGUACAUCGAGAAGACUCGAGACAUGGUUCAUGAUCUUCAAAACCGUGUGCAAGCUGCUAAGGACAACGUAGAUGCUAUAAGUGAAUUGAUGACUAAAUGGAGUGAGGCUCCUCUGUAUGAAAGAAAAGAAGGCAAAAAGGAAGGUCUCUUGAAUUUAGAGGAUCGUGUUUCAUUGCUUCAUAAAAGAUACGCUGUGAUCGAACAAUCAGGAGAGAAAAUACAUGCCUUACUGCAGAAAAACCUGGAGUUAUUCAAGGCAGAUUCCAACACAGACAUCUGGCGUGCAUACGUUGACUAUCUAGAUGACAUGGUACUUGAUGGUUUCUUUAACUGCAUCCACUGCUCUCUUAACUACCUGUUAGACAAUACAGACUUGAAACACAACAGCACUCCUUUAUUCGAAGCCAAGCUUGAGCUCCAACAACCAGACCUGGUGUUCAUUCCAUCGUUAGAUUUCGGAGUGUCUGACGGAUAUUAUGAUCUGGUGGAAAGCAUCGUGAGUGACGUCUAUAAGAUGGCGUCUCUUGUGAAGAGACUUGCCGACCAUAGCGAAUCGGAUAAUUAUCAGUCUGACGUAGAAGACAUGCUUGAUUUGUCUGAAAUGAGGCAAGACUUGAUGGACAGAGUCACUGGUAUCAUGAACAAAGCCAACGAGUAUCGAAGUUCUUUCGACAAUUUUUCGUAUCUUUGGCUGGACGACAGGGCCGAGUUCAUGCGCCAAUUCUUACUGUACAACCAUGUUUUGACUGCAGAGGAAAUCGAGGCACACACAGAAGAUGGUGUACCAGAGUGCCCUCCAACGUUAGAACAGUUCAAAGAGCAAAUCGAUACGUAUGAGAUGCUCUAUUCGGAAGUAGAAGAAGUAGAAGGAACGAAUGUAUUUGAUACGUGGUUUAGAGUCGAUGCUCGACCCUUCAAGCAGGCUUUGUUAAACAUCAUCAAGAGAUGGAGCUACAUGUUCAAGCAGCAUCUCAUUGACCAUGUCACCAACAGCUUGAAUGAUCUCUCUGAGUUUAUCAAGGUUGCAGAUGUUGGUCUUACUGAAACUGUCCAGGAAGGUGACUACAAUGGUCUGGUAGCGGUCAUGGGACAUCUGAUGGCUGUGAAGGAUAGACAGUCAGCUACUGACGAGAUGUUCGAACCUCUGAAACAAACGAUUGAGUUACUAAAGACCUAUGGGCAAGAGAUGCCAGAAGAGGUGCACACACAGUUGCAGGAACUUCCUGAACAAUGGAACAACAGCAAGAAGAUCGCAGUCACUGUCAAACAACAAGUUGCUCCUCUACAAGCCACAGAGGUUGCCAUCAUCAGGAGAAAAUGCGGUCAGUUCGACAUCAAGCAACACGAAUUCCGAGAGGAUUUCCGCAAAACGGCGCCAUUUGCAUUCGACUCUACCAAUGUGUACGAGCGUCUGGAUAAAUCGAACCGCGAAAUAUGUAACAUGGAGAAGGAGAUGGGUGCUCUACAUGAGUCAGCCGGUCUGUUCGAGGUGAACUUCCCUGAUUACAAACAACUGCGCGCCUGUCGUAAAGAAGUCUUCAUGCUCAAACACUUAUGGGACAUGGUGUUUGUGGUCAGUACGAGUAUCGAUGAGUGGAAGCUGACUGCAUGGGCUGAUAUCAAUGUAGAGGACAUGGAGAUGGAGUGUAAGCGAUUCGUCAAGGAGAUUCGUUCGCUCGAUAAAGAGAUGCGUGCCUGGGACGCUUUCGCUGGGCUGGACUCAACCGUUAAGAACAUGGUGACUUCACUGCGUGCUGUAGGAGAGCUACAGAAUCCUGCUAUCCGAGAACGUCAUUGGGAACAACUUAUGCAGGCAACAAAGGUCAAGUUUGUCAUGGACGAUGACGCAACACUGGCUGAUCUACUUGCGCUCAACCUUCACAACUUCGAAGAGGAGGUGCGAGGUAUCGUUGACAAAGCCACCAAAGAACUCGGCAUGGAAAAGAUUCUGAAAGAACUGAACGUCACUUGGUCUCAGAUGGAAUUCGAGUAUGAAGAACACCUCCGAACCAAAGUACCUCUACUGAAAUCUAGUGAAGAACUGAUCGAAACCCUUGAAGACAACCAAGUGCAGCUGCAAAACCUGAUGACAUCCAAAUACAUUGGACACUUCUUGGAAGAGGUCACUUCAUGGCAAAAGAAGCUAUCUACUGCUGACUCGGUGAUUAGUAUCUGGUUCGAAGUCCAAAGAACUUGGUCUCAUUUGGAGAGUAUCUUCAUUGGGUCUGAAGAUAUUCGAAAUCAAUUGCCAGAAGACUCAAAAAGAUUCGAUGGCAUUGACACUGACUUCAAGGAACUUGCUAGUGAGGCGGGUAAAAUACCCAACGUUGUUGAGUGUACAAACAGAGCUGGUCUUUAUGAGAAACUAGAACGUCUCCAGGAAAAUCUUUCUCUAUGCGAGAAGGCACUUGCUGAAUAUCUAGAGACCAAGAGACUUGCCUUUCCAAGGUUUUACUUCGUAUCUUCUGCUGAUUUACUUGACAUUCUAUCCAAAGGAAAUCAGCCUGUUGAGGUGUGUCGUCAUUUGUCCAAGUUGUUUGACAACAUGGCAAAGCUUGAGUUUAAAGAAGAUGAUGAAGGUAAUGUUACCAAAGAUGCUGUAGGCAUGUACAGCAAAGAAGGAGAAUACGUGGAGUUCCAAGAGAUCUGCGAUUGUUCUGGGCAGGUUGAAGUAUGGCUCAACCGUGUUAUGGACACGUCGCGUGCCACCGUUAGACAUCAGCAAUCAGAGGCUGUGGUAUCAUACGAAGAGAAGCCACGUGACCAAUGGAUCUUUGAUUUCCCUGCUCAAGUAGCGCUUUGCGGGACUCAGAUCUGGUGGACCACAGAAGUUGGCAUCGCUUUUGCUAGACUGGAGGAAGGCUAUGAGAAUGCGCUUAAAGAUUAUUAUAAGAAACAGGUAAACCAAUUGACAACGCUUAUCAACAUGCUGAUUGGUGACCUGACAUCCGGAGACAGACAGAAGAUCAUGACUAUCUGUACUAUUGACGUACAUGCUCGUGACGUAGUGGCCAAGCUUAUCCAACAGAAAGUUGAGAAUGCCCAAGCAUUCUUAUGGCUUAGCCAACUGAGGCAUCGGUGGGACGAUGCCACUGGUCAUUGCUAUGCUAACAUCUGUGAUGCACAGUUCAAGUAUUCCUAUGAAUACCUUGGUAAUACUCCACGUCUUGUCAUCACACCUUUGACCGAUAGAUGUUAUAUCACUCUGACUCAGUCCCUUCAUUUGACCAUGAGUGGCGCUCCUGCUGGACCUGCAGGGACAGGAAAGACUGAGACUACGAAGGAUCUUGGAAGGGCACUUGGUAUUAUGGUGUACGUCUUCAACUGCUCAGAACAGAUGGACUAUAAGUCUUGUGGUAACAUCUACAAAGGACUUGCCCAGACAGGAGCAUGGGGUUGUUUUGAUGAGUUCAACCGUAUCUCUGUGGAGGUGUUAUCUGUCAUUGCUGUGCAAGUCAAGUCUAUUCAAGACGCCAUCAGAGAUAAGAAGGARCGCUUCAUCUUCCAAGGGGAAGACAUCUCCCUUGUUCCGACAGUUGGACUGUUCAUCACUAUGAAUCCUGGUUAUGCUGGUCGUACAGAGCUACCAGAGAAUCUCAAAGCUCUUUUCCGUCCAUGUGCUAUGGUGGUACCUGAUUUUGAACUGAUUUGCGAAAUCAUGUUGGUGGCUGAGGGUUUCAUCGAGGCUCGUGCUUUAGCCAGAAAGUUCAUCACCCUAUACUCGCUUUGCAAAGAGCUUCUCUCAAAACAGGACCAUUACGAUUGGGGAUUACGUGCAAUCAAAUCCGUCCUGGUCGUAGCCGGUUCCCUUAAACGAUCCGACCGACAGAGACCAGAAGAUCAGGUGCUUAUGAGGGCCUUACGUGACUUUAACAUUCCAAAAAUCGUAACAGAUGAUGUUCCUAUCUUUAUGGGACUUAUUGGGGACUUGUUCCCAGCACUGGAUGUACCCCGUAAGAGAGAUAUGGACUUUGAGGCUCUGGUCAAGAGAUCAGCCUUGGAUCUUAAACUUCAACCAGAAGACAGCUUCAUUCUAAAGGUGGUGCAGUUGGAAGAGCUCUUAGCAGUCCGUCACUCUGUAUUUGUUCUUGGCCCUGCUGGAACCGGCAAAACACAGGUCAUCCGUACUUUGAAUAAGGCCUACCAGAAUCAAAAGAGAAAGCCUUUAUUACACGACCUGAACCCUAAGGCUGUGACAGCAGACGAAUUGUUUGGCUUCAUCAACCCAGCUACUCGAGAAUGGAAAGAUGGUCUGUUUUCCACCACCAUGCGUGACUUGUCUAACAUUGCCACUGACUCCCCCAAAUGGAUCGUUCUUGAUGGUGACAUUGAUCCCAUGUGGAUUGAAUCCCUCAACACUGUCAUGGACGACAACAAGGUUUUGACACUGGCCAGUAAUGAGCGUGUCCCACUGACCCCCUCCAUGAGACUACUAUUUGAGAUCGGUCACCUGAAGACUGCAACACCCGCAACAGUAUCGCGUGCUGGAAUUCUUUUCUUGAAUUAUGCAGAUGUCGGCUGGAAUCCAUACGUAUCCAGUUGGAUUGACACCCGUGAGGUGCAAUCAGAGAAGGCCAAUCUUCAAAUCCUGUUUGACAAAUACGUACCGGUCUGCCUUGACGUGCUGCGGGUGCGCUUUAAAAAGAUCACUCCAAUACCCGACAUCACCAUGGUUAACAUGAUCUGUUACUUGCUGGAAUGUCUACUGACGCCUGAAAAUACUCCUCCCGACUGCAAUAAGGAGUUGUACGAGCUGUAUUUCGUGUUUGCUGCUGUGUGGGCCUUUGGAGGUGCUAUGUUCCAAGAUCAGUUGAUUGACUAUCGUGUGGAGUUCUCUAAAUGGUGGGUAACCGAGUUCAAGACCAUCAAAUUUCCUUCUGCUGGUACGGUUUUUGAUUACUCUAUCGACCAGGAAACCAAGAAAUUUGUUCCCUGGACAGAAAGUGUGCCUCGCUUCGAGUUAGACCCUGAAAUACCAUUACAGGCUGUGCUCGUCCACACGGCAGAAACAACCCGUGUCAGAUUCUUCAUGGAUUUACUGAUGGCCAAGAAAAGACCAGUAAUGUUAGUGGGUAGUGCCGGUACAGGAAAGACAGUAUUAGUCAACGACUACUUCCAAUCGUUGGACUCUGACGUUACCAUGGUAGCCAACGUACCAUUCAACUACUACACCACCUCGGCCAUGUUGCAGGGUGUACUAGAAAAACCACUGGAGAAGAAGGCAGGACGUAAUUAUGGACCACCAGGAAAUAAAAAGCUAAUUUACUUCAUCGACGAUAUGAACAUGCCUAUGGUGGACACAUAUGGUACAGUACAGCCUCACACGCUGAUUCGUCAACAUCUAGACUACCAUCACUGGUACGAUCGAACCAAAUUGACCUUGAAAGAUGUAGGCAAUACACAAUAUAUAGCCUGCAUGAACCCAACAGCUGGUAGCUUCACCAUUAAUCCACGACUUCAGCGUCAUUUUGCAGUCUUUGCUAUUAGUUUCCCUGGCCUUGAUGCCCUCAAGACUGUCUACCUCAGUAUUCUAAACGGCUAUAUGAAGGUUCAUGCAUUCGCUGCUUCUGUUGCUAAAAUCACCGAUAAACUACUAGACGCUGCUCUUGCUCUCAAUCAGAAGAUUACAAGCACAUUCCUGCCAACAGCCAUCAAAUUCCAUUACAUUUUCAACCUUCGAGAUCUUUCCAACAUAUUCCAGGGUAUUUUGUUUAGUACCCCAGAGUGCGUGAAGACCCCCAUAGACCUCGUACGUCUGUGGAUGCACGAAUGUGAUCGAGUAUAUAGGGACAAGUUCGUCGAUGAGAAAGACAUUGAAAUGUACGAUAAAUUACAAAUGGACAUAACAAAAAAAUUCUUUGAGGACUUGGACGAAGAACAGAUCGCUGCCAAGCCCAACCUGUACUGCCAUUUCGCUUCGGGUAUCGGUGACCCCAAGUAUCUUCCAGUACCAGACUGGGAUCACUUAAGUAAACUACUUGUUGAAGCACUGGACAAUCACAACGAGGUUAAUGCUGUCAUGAACCUCGUGCUCUUUGAAGAUGCCAUGCAGCAUGUGUGUCGUAUUAACCGUAUCCUAGAGGCCCCACGUGGUAAUGCUCUUCUCGUCGGUGUUGGUGGCAGCGGUAAACAGAGUUUAGCCAGACUGGCAGCAUUUAUCAGCUCACUUGAUGUUUUCCAGAUUACUCUCCGAAAGGGCUACAGUAUUCCAGACAUGAAGGCCGAUUUAGCAGCUCUGUGUAUCAAAGCGGGAUGGAAGAACAUUGGUACCGUAUUCUUACUAACAGACGCACAGAUCCCUGAAGAGAACUUCUUGGUAUUGAUUAAUGACUUACUAGCAUCUGGUGAGAUUCCUGGCUUGUUCCCCGACGAUGAAGUAGAAAAUAUAAUAUCAGGCGUCAGGAAUGAGGUCAAAGGUGCUGGAUUACAAGACACAAGAGAAAAUUGCUGGAUGUUUUUUAUUGAACGCGUCCGACGAAACCUUAAGGUCGUUCUGUGUUUCUCUCCUGUUGGUUCAACCUUACGUGUUCGUAGUCGUAAGUUCCCUGCCGUUACUAACUGCACUGCUAUUGAUUGGUUCCACGAAUGGCCUCAAGAGGCUUUGGUUUCUGUCAGCAAACGUUUCAUUGAGGAUUUGGAUCAACUAGAUACUGAAAUCAGACCAUCUGUGGCAGACUUCAUGUCUUUCGUCCAUACUAGUGUCAACGAAGAGAGUAAGGCCUACCUCAGCAACGAAAGACGGUACAACUAUACUACACCCAAGAGUUUCCUUGAACAGAUCAACCUUUAUCGUAACCUACUGAAGAAGAAGUCCAAAGAACUUGCACAGAAGACCGAACGUCUAGAGAACGGUUUACUUAAACUCCAAAGCACCGCACAACAAGUAGACGACUUGAAGGCAAAGCUUGCUUCCCAAGAAGUUGAACUGAAACAGAAGAACGAAGAUGCGGACAAACUGAUCGCCAAAGUUGGAGUUGAAACGGAAAAAGUCAGCAAAGAGAAGGCUUUUGCUGACGGUGAGGAAAAGAAAGUCCAGGUUAUUGCAAAAGAUGUAUCUGAGAAGCAAAGAUCCUGCGAAGAAGACUUAGCCAAGGCUGAACCAGCUUUGCUUGCGGCUCAAGAAGCUUUAAACACCCUGAACAAAAACAACUUAACAGAACUGAAGUCCUUCGGAUCGCCACCAGGUGCUGUAGUUAACGUCACAUCAGCUGUAAUGGUCCUCCUUGCUCCAUCUUCUAAAAUCCCAAAAGACCGUAGCUGGAAAAAUGCUAAAAUCAUGAUGGCCAAGGUCGAUCAGUUCUUGGAUCAACUGAUCAACUAUGACAAAGAAAACAUCCACGAUAACAACCUCAAAGCAGUGCAACCAUACCUUGACGAUCCAGAAUUCAGCGCUGAUUUUAUCAAGACCAAAUCUCUAGCCGCCGGUGGUCUUUGCGCUUGGGUCAUCAACAUUGUUCAAUUCUAUCGAAUCUUCUGUGAUGUCGAACCCAAGAGAAAGGCUCUGGCUGCCGCUAAUGCUGAAUUGGCCGCCGCAGAAGACAAACUUGCCAAGAUUAAAGCCAAGAUUAACGAGCUGGAUGAGAACUUGGCCGAACUUACCGCCGCAUUCGAGAAGGCUACAGCAGAAAAACUGAAAUGUCAGCAGGAAGCAGAAACAACUGCUAAGACAAUUGAACUAGCAAACAGGCUGGUUGGUGGGCUGGCUUCUGAGAAUGUACGUUGGGGCGAAUCGGUGGCGAAUUUUAAGAUCCAGGAAAAGACUCUACCUGGUGAUGUAUUGCUGACCACGGCGUUUGUGUCGUAUCAAGGCUGCUUUACCAGGAGAUACAGGGAUAAUCUCAUCAACAAGUGGCUUGAGUUCMUCAAUUCUCAAUCGGUAAAGAUUCCAAUCACUGAAGGCCUUGAUCCACUAAGCCUCCUUACUGACAACGCUACUAUCGCGCAAUGGAAUAACGAAGCUCUUCCGAGUGACAGAAUGUCUACCGAGAACGCCACGAUCCUGACCAACUGUGAACGUUGGCCACUCAUGAUCGAUCCUCAGUUACAGGGCAUCAAGUGGAUUAAAACUCGCGAGGGAGCUGACCUACGUGUAGUGCGGCUAGGACAGAAAGGAUACCUGGACACCAUCGAGCGAGCUGUUUCUAAUGGUGACUGCAUGUUGAUCGAAAACAUGGGAGAAAACGUAGACGCAGUCUUGGAUCCCCUGAUUGGCCGUAACACGAUCAAGAAGGGAAGGGCCAUUAAGAUGGGCGACAAAGAGGUGGAGUACCAUCCCGACUUCCGUCUCAUUCUACAAACCAAACUUGCCAAUCCUCAUUACAAACCCGAAAUGCAAGCACAGACUACCCUCAUCAACUUCACCGUCACCCGAGAAGGUCUGGAAGAUCAGUUGCUGGCUGACGUGGUGCGUAAGGAAAGACCCGAUCUAGAGGAGACCAAGGCUAAACUCACCCAGCAGCAAAACGCCUUCACCAUAAAACUAAAAGAACUCGAGGAUUCUCUACUGGCGCGUCUCUCAGCUGCAGGAGGUAACUUCCUAGGUGACUACGCCCUGGUAGAGAACCUUGAGACAACCAAACGAACCGCAGCAGAGAUAGAGGUACAAGUAGGAGAAGCAAAGAUAACAGAGGUCAAGAUCAACGAGGCACGUGAGGCCUACAGACCAGCAGCAGCCAGGGCCUCCUUGCUCUACUUUAUCCUCAACGACCUGAACAAGAUCAACCCUAUGUACCAGUUUUCACUCAAGGCUUUCAGUGUGGUCUUCCAAACUGCUAUUUCACGUGCAGAAGCAGCUGAGGAGGUCAAAGCUCGUGUUCUUAAUCUGAUAGACUGUAUUACAUACUCGGUAUUUAUCUACACCACACGAGGUCUGUUUGAGAAAGACAAGCUUAUCUUUACUGCUCAAGUGGCUUUCCAGGUUCUUCUGAUGAAAAAGGAGAUCAUUCCUCAUGAGUUGGACUUCUUGUUACGUUUCCCUGCAGUCAUGAACGUGACCAGCCCGGUGGACUUCUUAAAUAACCUUUGCUGGGGAGGAAUCAAGGCUUUGAGUAACAUGGAAGAAUUCCGUAACCUGGAUAGAGAUAUCGAAGGCUCAGCCAAGCGAUGGAAAAAGUUUGUGGAGAGCGAGUGCCCAGAGAAGGAGAAAUUCCCCCAGGAAUGGAAAAACAAGACAGCACUUCAGAAACUCUGCAUAAUGAGAGCAUUAAGACCCGACAGAAUGACUUACGCUGUCAGUAACUUUGUGGAAGAAAAACUGGGCCAUAAAUACGUAGAAGAUGCUCCCUUGGAGUUUGCUCGGUCAUACGAGGAAAGUUCUCAAAGUACUCCAAUCUUCUUCAUCCUCUCCCCUGGUGUCGAUCCCUUAAAGGACGUAGAAGCGUUAGGCAAAAAGCUCGGUAAAACAUUUGAUAACAAGAACUUCCACAACGUCUCUCUUGGACAGGGUCAAGAAAUCGUUGCUGAGCAAUGUCUAACUUUAGCAUCCAAGGAAGGCCAUUGGGUCAUCUUACAGAAUGUGCAUCUGGUGAAGAACUGGCUACCAAAACUCGAGAAACAACUAGAAGCUUACAGCGAGGGAAGCCAUGAAGAUUACCGUGUGUACAUCUCAGCUGAGCCUGCAGGUACUCCAGAAGCACACUGCAUCCCGCAGGGUAUUCUGGAAUCAUCCAUCAAAAUUACCAAUGAACCACCGACUGGAAUGAUGGCUAACUUGCACAAGUCACUCAACAACUUUAAUCAGGAUACGUUAGAGAUGUGUGCACGUGAGAAUGAGUUCAAGAGCAUUCUAUUUGCCCUGUGUUACUUCCAUGCAGUGGUGGCAGAAAGACGAAAGUUUGGUCCUCAAGGCUGGAACCGUUCAUAUCCCUUCAACACUGGAGACUUGACUAUCAGUGUCAAUGUGUUGUAUAAUUACCUGGAAGCUAAUGCAAAGGUGCCAUGGACUGAUCUCCGUUACCUGUUUGGAGAGAUCAUGUAUGGUGGACAUAUCACUGAUGACUGGGACAGACGUUUGUGUAAGACAUACCUGGAGGAGUACAUGAAACCUGAAAUGCUUGAGGGCGAGUUGUCUCUUGCCCCAGGAUUUCCACUGCCUCCCAAUUCAGACUUCAAGGGCUAUCAUACGUACAUAGACGACACCUUACCACCCGAGAGUCCUUAUCUUUAUGGCCUGCAUCCUAAUGCUGAGAUCGGCUUCUUGACUACCACGUCAGACAACCUGUUCCGUACACUACUGGAGAUGCAGCCUCGAGAGAGUGGUGCUGAAGGAGGUGGAGGACAGACAAGAGAAGAAAAGGUUAAACAAGUCCUUGACGAGAUCAUGGAAAAACUCCCUGAAGAGUUUAACGUGCCUGAAAUGAUGGCCAGAGUAGAAGAUCGAAGCCCGUACACCGUUGUGGCAUUCCAAGAAUGCGAACGAAUGAAUAUGCUAACAUCUGAGAUGAAAACUUCUCUCAAGAUGCUUGAUCUUGGUCUCAAGGGUGAGUUGACUAUUACGUCAGACAUGGAAGAGCUUUCGAACUCUCUUUACUUGGAUACCGUACCGGAAUCAUGGACCAAGCGUGCUUACCCAUCAAUGGCUGGCCUUGCCGCUUGGUUUGCUGAUUUACUUCUGCGUAUCAAGGAGCUAGAAAGCUGGACGUCUGACUUCUGUCUUCCAAAUGUAGUAUGGCUGUCUGGGUUUUUCAAUCCUCAGUCAUUUCUCACAGCUAUCGAGCAGUCCAUGGCUCGUAAGAAYGAAUGGCCUCUUGAUAAAAUGGCUUUACAAGUGGAUGUCACCAAGAAGAACAAAGAAGACUUUAACAGCCCACCCCGUGAAGGAGCCUACGUCCAUGGAUUGUUCAUGGAAGGUGCUCGCUGGGAUACACAGACAGGAAUGAUAGCUGACUCCAAACUGAAAGACCUUACCCCAUCCAUGCCAGUCAUGUUCAUCAGGGCAAUCCCAGUAGACAAACAAGAAACCAAGAACGUCUAUGAAUGCCCUGUUUAUAAGACCAGACAGAGAGGUCCCACUUAUGUAUGGAACUUCUUCUUAAAAACCAAAGAGAAUCCUGCCAAGUGGACCCUCGCUGGAGUUGCACUUCUCCUUAGUGCAUAAGCCUUUUCCAACAAUAACCAUAGAAGUCGUGCUUUUUUGACACAAUUUUUUCCCUAUUUUCGUAUGAUGGUGUUUUUUCCUUAGUACAUUUCGAGAACUYAUGAAGUUUACGAAAUAUCUUUUGUAUUUCGUUUGAUUUGGUGUUAAAAACAGUGUUAUUUCUCGUUAGUUUGUUCUUCAAAACCUUUACUCAUUUUGAUUUCUUUUCAUAAAGGUUCUUUAAUUUUUCUGCGAAAAACCAAGCUAACUAAAAGCUUCCAUCAGAUCAGGGUUUUUUUGCACUCGCUUUUUUUCUACUGCAAGGGUAUAAUACCUAUCCUAGCAAAUGCAGGAUUUAAGCUUAACGAACAUCAAAAAAUUGUCUUCRAGCCACACAUUCAUUUGAGAAAAAACACUUUGACUAUUUGACAAUUUUUUAAACUUUUUUUUUUCUUGCUGUAAUGUCAACUCGGUUUUUCUAUUGUUUUGGUCAUUACUCGUGUGGUAUUGUUAGUAUACGUGCGUUAUGUAUUUACAUUAUUUAUUAACAUUCAUUACAAAUUUAUCUACUYCAAGAGUGUGUAUAAUACAACAUUUAUAAGAGUUUUCCAUGUCAUGCUGCGACAAUGAGUUUUAUCCUUGUAAAUAUUUCUACACAAGGUGGUUAUUUUUAAAUAAAACAAAAAUCUCUACAA